AUGGAAGCAAUGUUCAGUGCUUUAAAUGAAGCACAAAUUGCUAUGGGCAUAAGUAGUUUGACAUAUCUUCUAGCAACAGAGAUGCAUGCCUAUCUUUUUAGUGGUCAAAUUUAUAUCUUGGAAGUUCUCAAGAAAGUGGCUAGGGAGCAACGCUUCAGUGGCGGCCUGGUCCGGGUGGUGCCCGAGCCUGGUGGCGGUUUCCGAUGGGCGGUGGAGUUGGUUGGGCGAUCCGGCGGUGGUGGAGGCCGGGGAGGGCCAGCGGUAGGGGCUGCAGGUAGUGGCCAUCGGGCCGGUGGGGGUCGGGAGGCGGCAGUCGGGGAGCAGGGGGCCGUAGGCGGCAGCCGUGGGGCUGGCGAGGAUGGGGAGGUGGCAGCCAGGGAGCGGGGGGCCGCAGGCGGCGACGGCGGCAGUAGGGUCACCGAAGGUGGUCAGGCCGGAUGGAGGCUAGAAAAUGGUGCUGGCAAGGGGGCUGGGGGUGCUCCAUCGUAUCCAUACCCAUUUAUGACUGUGGACGCUGAGAAAGUAGCUGCAAGGAAAUAUGAUUAUAUUAUCGUUGGAGGAGGUACAGCUGGGUGUCCUCUGGCUGCAACUCUCUCACAAAACUUCACUGUUCUGUUAAUGGAGAGAGGAGGUUCUCCUUAUGGUAAUCCUGACAUUGAGAACGGUGAUGCUUUCGGCAAGCCAAUGCGAGAAACAGAUAAUUAUACGUCUAUAGCUCAGGGAUUUGUAAGUGAGGAUGGAGUGCAGCUGGACAGAGCCAGAGUUUUGGGAGGAGGAACUGCAAUCAAUGCUGGGUUUUACAGCAGGGCAAGCAUGGCAUAUAUUCGGCGCAUGGGAUGGGAUCAGAAACUGGUAAAUGAUUCGUUUCUGUGGGUGGAGAAAAUGAAUGUCUUUAAACCAGAUCCCCUUUCUCGCUGGUCUUCGGCUAUAAAAGGUGCGCUUCUUGAAGCAGGAGUGCUUCCAUACAAUGGGUAUACUUUGGAUCAUUUGGAGGGCACCAAGAUAGGUGGUUCCACCUUUGAUAACAAUGGCAAAAGGCAUACGGCUGCAGAUCUGCUGAAGUAUGCAAACCCAAAUAAUAUUGUUGUUCUGCUCAAUGCUACUGCCUCCAGAGUUCUUUUCAAAUCGUCAGCAGGAAAGUUGAAGGCUCGUGGUGUAGAAUUCAUAAAUUCUAUUAAUGGUAUUAAUGGAGGUUCUUAUCAGGUAUUAAUUGAUGAGUCAACGCAUUACAGUGAGGUAAUUCUGUCAGCAGGAAGUUUAGGAAGCCCUCAGCUAUUGCUCUUAAGUGGAAUAGGACCCUCCCAACAUCUCAAAAAAUUAAAUAUAUCUAUCCUAAAACAUCUACCGUCAGUGGGUCAAGGAAUCCAAGAUAAUCCCCUUGCAGCAAUAGGAGUACAAUCUCCUAUACCACUUAAUUUUUCUACCAUACAAGUAGUGGGCAUUUUGAAGAAUUCUCAGCUCUACAUAUAUGGUAGUAGCUUUGUGCAGAAAGUUAAUUUGAAUAACUCUACUUUCAUAAACCAAUAUCUUGGCGGAAUCUUUCAGAAAGUAGCAUUUCCCUUAUCUAGAGGAAAUCUAAGCUUAAUUAGUAAGGAUCCUAGAGAAAAUCCUUCUGUUCGCUAUAACUACUAUUCUAAGCCUAAAGAUCUACAGAAAUGUGUGCAAGGACUCAAGGUAAUAGCAGCCAUGCUUGAAACAAAUUCUAUUCAAAAUUUUGCUUAUAAUAAGUCUAAUGGCACAGGUGGGUUACGAUUCACUGGGCCAACUCUACCCAUGAAUACAUCAAACGAUGCAGCCAUAGGGAAGUUUUGUAAAGAUAAUCUCGCCACCAUCUGGCACUUCCAUGGAGGGUGUGGUAUUGGUUCUGUGAUUGACAAGAGGUAUAGGAUCAAAGGUGUUGUUGGUCUAAGGGUUGUUGAUGGUUCCACUUUCAAAGAUGCUCCUGGAACCAAUCCACAAGCAACCACAAUGAUGCUUGGAAGGUAUGUGGGAGUAAAGAUUCUACGUGAACGUAGAUUUCUACAUGAAUAA